AAACUUUUCCUGCCUUCUUUCCAGGAUUUAUUUGGUGUGAGCAUGGUUGUUCCUUUAAUGAACCUGCAUAUCAAAUCUCUAGGAGCAAGUCAUACAGUUGCUGGAAUAAUAGGAUCUCUCUAUGGUAUAAUGCAACUGUUUUCCAGCACAUUUGUGGGCUGCUGGAGCGAUAUAGUAGGAAGACGGUAUUCCCUGCUUGCUUGUAUUCUUCUCAGUGCACUGGGUUACUUCCUUCUUGGAACAUCCACCACUGUGUUCCUGUUUGCCAUUUCUAGAGUCCCUGUAGGUAUUUUCAAACACACGCUCUCCAUCUCUAAAGCCCUGCUUUCUGACUUGGUUUCUGAGAGAGACCGCCCUUUAGUAAUGGGACGCUUCAAUGCAGCCUCUAGUGUGGGCUUCAUUCUGGGGCCUGUUGUUGGUGGCUACCUUGCAGAGUUGGAAGAUGGCUUCUAUCAAACGUCCUUCAUCUGCGCCUCUAUCUUCCUUCUGAAUGCUGGUCUUGUCUGGAUGUUACCCUGGAGCGAAGAAAACACUGGCAAUAGGGAAUGUCAGCAAGGCAGCAAAGGAACAGAGAGUUUCUCAGCAAAAGCAAAUCGUGACCAGCGCUUGAAAUCGGCAGCUAACGGAGCUGUGGGAAGCGACCGUCUUUUCGAGUCUCCGUGGAUGCAAGUUGCGACGGUGCUGAAGAGGAUUAAAGGAAUUGCGUGCUCUGAUCUGUGGGAUAUAUUUUUAGUGCGGUUGCUGAUGUCUGUUGCUAUACUGCUGUACUACAGUAAUUUUAGUCUGUCCUUGGAGGAGAGAUUUGGGGUGAAACCCUUGUUCUCUGGAUACCUAAUGAGCUAUAGCAGUGCGCUUGGAGUCCUGGCCGGUUGUCUGCUGGGACCAAUAACAAGACUCUAUCAGCACAACACUUACAGACUUCUGUUGCACUCCAGCGCUCUUACCUGCCUCUUGAUUCUCCUGUAUGCGUCAGCGCUGAGCAUAUGGAUGGUCGUUUUGUCUUCCACGUUCCUAGCCUUUUCAACCACUAUAGGUCGUACUUGUCUCCUUGAUCUCGAAUUGACCAUUGGUGGGAAUGAGGCCAGCGGGACACUUCUAGGUGUUGGACAGUCUGUGACAUCAGUGGGACGUAUAGUUGCCCCGCUCCUUGCUGGGAUUGCUCAAGAGUUCAGUCCUUGUGGCCCUCCAAGUCUAGGGGUUGGACUAGCUUUAGCAGCUAUUCUGAUAAUGAACACGAACAAACAAAAAUACUGUAGCCAUGGAAACGUUAAGUUAAAAAAGCAAUAG